GAAGCUCGGGCGCAUCCAGAUAACCUUCACUCCAACUGUGCAGCACUGCAGUAUGGCCACAGUAAUUGGUCUGUGCCUCCGACUUAAGUUGAUGCAGAACUUCCCUCCACAUUUCAAGAGCAAGAGAACCAAGCAAGGCUGCAAUAUAACAUUCAUGGAAGAUUUUGAUAUACCGCCGUGUUGCUCGCCGUGCUGAGGUGCUAGCCUACGCCCAGCACGAGCCACCGGGCUGAGCCAGCCCGAGUUCAAAGGGUCACGGGCCGGGGCAAAAAAAAACAGCUCCGUGCCGGGCUGCGGGCUGCACGGCCAAUUAUAGCAAUGCAUUUCUGCUCCGCAUGCCCUGCCAAUAAUAGCGGCCGGGGGCGCCCGCGCACAAGGAAACAAGUUGGAUCGCGCGCCAGCCCGGGGCGACGGAUGGAUCGAUCCAGCAGCUAAAACGGGCGGGACGCCUCCUUUCCCGCGGAAAAAGGGAGCUCCCACCGCUCGCCACCACUAAUCUUUCAUCGUUCUCCACCCUACCCCCGCGGCCGGGCACCAACGCCGCGGCUGUUCUCCUGCGCUCCCUCCGGCCCUGCUUCUCGCUCGUAGGUGCCGCCGGAGCUUGCUUUUGGGGAGGUCGUGCGGCAUGAUCUGCUGACCGCCCCCAAAUCAACCCCGCGCAUCGUCGUCAUCCAGUCCGGCGAGGAGGAGGAGGAGGAGGAGGAGAGGAGCCAGAGAUGUCUUGCUGCGGAGGCGCCGAGGAGGACAGCUACGGCCCGCCGGCCAACCAGGCGGCUCCGCCACCCAAUGCCAACGCCCCCGGCAACAGAGGCGGGCCGAGGGGGCCGGGCGCGCCCAGGCCCGGGGGCCCCGCCAAGCCCGUCAGCAUCGACGUGCCCGCCAUACCCUUCGACGAGCUCAAGAAGAUCACCAACAACUUCAGCGACCGCGCCCUCAUCGGCGAGGGCUCCUACGGCCGCGUCUACAACGCCACGCUCAGCGACGGCCGCGCCGCCGUCAUCAAGAAGCUCGACACCAGCGCAUCGCAGGACUCCGACUCCGACUUCGCCGCGCAAAUAGCGAUGGUCUCCAAGCUCAAGAACGAGUACUUCCUCGAGCUCGUGGGGUACUGCUUGGAGGAUGGCAACCGCAUGCUGGCCUAUCAGUUUGCCACCAUGGGUUCUUUGCAUAACAUACUACACGGGAAGAAAGGAGUUCAGGGUGCCGAGCCCGGUCCGGUCCUGAACUGGUUGCAGCGAGUGAAGAUAGCUUACGGAGCGGCGAGAGGGCUAGAGUACCUCCACGAGAAAGUCCAGCCGUCGAUUGUGCAUCGAGAUAUUCGGUCCAGCAACGUUCUUAUAUUCGACGACUUCAGCUCCAAGAUUGCUGAUUUCAACCUGACCAACCAGGGGACCGACACCGCUGCCCGGUUGCACUCAACCCGUGUGCUAGGAACGUUUGGAUACCAUGCCCCAGAAUAUGCUAUGACGGGCCAAAUCAACCAAAAGAGUGAUGUAUACAGUUUUGGUGUGAUUCUCCUAGAGCUACUGACAGGAAGGAAACCGGUCGAUCACACCAUGCCGAAAGGGCAGCAAAGUCUUGUUACUUGGGCCACUCCAAGGUUGAGUGAAGAUAAAGUGAAGCAGUGUGUUGAUCCCAAGCUCAACAACGACUACCCUCCAAAGGCUGUCGCAAAGCUGGCAGCUGUUGCAGCGUUGUGCGUUCAGUAUGAAUCCGACUUCCGACCGAACAUGACCAUCGUCGUGAAGGCAAUCCAGCCUCUUCUAAAUGCUCCCAAACCAGCCGCUCCAGCAGCGCCACAAUCCUGAUCAAUCGGAUGAGAGUAUUAGUCUUGCACAUUGCUGAUUCCUGAACUUGGUUCCCCUCUGUUUCUGAUUGCAAAUGUAUGUUUUAAGGAACCACGCAUCCUUGCUCCAUCAGUCCAGCGCCUAUGCUUCUGUAAAAAGCCACUUAUCUGCCAGUACUGCAGGAUACAUAUAGGGGAAUUUUGUAAAAUGUUAAUCUGGUACGCUGAAUUAGCGUGUUUUUUUUGUAUGUCUCGUGAGUGUGACAUAACAUGUGCAUUUUUUUUGCAAGUCAAUGCUGUUCCAGCUAGAAAAUUGGCAAGACUUCCACAUCCUUCUUAUCACAUAGAAAAGAAGAGCCUGCUAAGUACCAACUGGUGUGUUGAAUAAUAUGUGCAAUUGUCCUGUUACACGCUUACACCUUGGUAUGUUCAACUGCCCUUUCCUGGCUUCCUUCUAAAACACUUGACAAGCAUUGCCCAGCACAUCCUUUGAUAUGACACCAUCUGAGUUCGAUCACGGAGAGGAGGGCAAUCUUGCAAUAUUUCCAGAUGAAAUACAGCCAGAGACACAAGAAUGAAACUAAAUCAGAGCAGGAGCCCAUUGGCUGGUUUUCAUAAUAUAGUUGCUUGGAUCCUUUUUGAGCCUCAAAAUUUUAAGACAAGUGCCUAGUUAGCAAUAAUGACUAUUUAUUUUGAAUUGAUAUAGGAUGGUAUAAUACAGUAUUUACACCUUACAUUGGCUUUCCCUAUCCUAUGAAAGUCUAUUGGCUGGUUGGCCUUCAGUAACUAUGCUGCAACUGAGCAGCCAGUUUUUCUUUAUUUUAUCACUUUCUCUGAGCAUUGGUCAUUACAGAAUAUGGCAGACCCCACUUUAUAAAUGGUACUGUUUUACUGGAAUGUGUUCAAUCACCACUAAUUCAGCGUAGCACCCCUUUUACACAGUUAUUCUAAUUUAUGUUGAAUUCAGACAUCAAGGAUUUAUGCAAUCCUUUACCUUUGGACUAAUUUUGCAGGUUGACAUCAAAGUUGCCCCGGGGUCUCUUGCCAAUGAAGAAUCAGUAAACAAGCAACUGAACGACAAGGAAAGAGUUGCAGCAGCCUUGGAGAACCCCAACCUACGCCAGUUGGUUGAUGAAUGCUUAUGCUCCAAUGAUCCAUACUCACAUUAACUUAUUCCAUCCUGCUUCGCAAGUCACAACCUGCCUGCUGUACAGUAAUAAUCGUGCAUGCUGUAGUUUGCCCUGUAUGCCGUAUCUGGCAACAUAAAAUUAACUGCCCAAGCCAUCCUUUUUGCCGUUUAAAAUGUAUGCAUCCCAGAAUAUGACCAGAGUUCGUGUGUGCCUGCGUAUGUGACAUUAGCACUCCAAAGCAAGGGUAGUAUGCUGUAAAAACUUAUCUUUGUUGAUUAUUUGUACCAUAAGUCAAUUAUGUUCUUGUUAUGUUAGGUUCCCAAUUCCUACCAUAA